UAUAUACACACUGAAAUAAAAGAUAAAGUCACAUAGAAAAAACACUCGUUGGCAUGCUAGGGCGCACGCGGGUGCGUCCCUGGCCGUCGCACACACUGGGGUUCACUGGGGGGGAAAAUAGGCCCCCUCAGGCCCGCGUCGGUGGCCAGGUACGGCCUCUGUAUCUGGGAGGGUACGACGACUGUCGUCAAAACAUAUCUUUACUAAACACAAUAUGUUUUAUUAGCUUUUAAUUAUAACAAUUUUACGUAUCACAUUUUUAGUGUUUCACAAAGUAACUGUUAACCCUUUAUAGCUUUGUGGUUGCCUCAAACAACCACAUAACACUGCUUUGGUAAUACCUUCAUUUUAUGAGAUGAAAUUCCACAGAGGUUUUGUGGUUACCUCAGAUGACCACACCUAGAAUCAGUAUUUUUUUCUUGUUAAGGGCCAUAGAGUGUAUACUCAAGCAGAAAGUGUUUUGUGUUUUCCAUUCUGGUAAAAAAAUUCUAGCUAUCACAGUACUAGCACUGAUGGAAAUACAAAAAUUUCACUUUGUGGUUAGCUGGGAAGACCACAAGUCCCUACUCGCACCACUGUUUUUUGCUUUGUGUAACAAGCUGCUAGUUUUAACUAAAGAUUUUCAAGAACAGAAAAUACAUACACUGUGGAAAAAUUGGGAAAUAGCAUCGUUUACGAUACCAGUGUCAGAGCUGGAAGGCCUGACAGUAGAAGAAAUAUACCAAAGAUUUGAUCUUCUAACUGAAGAUCAGGCUCUUAACUCAGAAGAUGGUGGGGACAGCGAUGCUGACGAUGCUAUUCCUGUUGGAGCAGCUUUUAGCCCAGCCCCAGCAGCAAAGCGCCCAAAAAGAGAAAAUUUGCCGUCAACAGUUACGAGCCCAGGAACACCAACAGGAACCCCAGACAUCGACGAUGAACUUGAUGGUUCGCCUGACAAUGUACAUGACACACCAGACAUUGUCCCGCGUAUCAUUGCAGAGGAAGGUGGUACAGAAGAUGUCACGGGUGAAGGGCAAGAGGAUGAAGAAACUAGUUCCUUUGAACCAAUUUGGAUCAAAGGUUCAGAUGCACAUUGUAAAAACAUUAAGUCAAAAUUUGAAAAAAGUAAUUUUAAAGCAUAUUUUGGGGCAAAAGUUGACAUCAGCACGAGCAUUGUGUCCCAAAUUUUUUUCUUAUUCUUUAAUUUACAAAUUGCACAAUUGAUUGUGGAACAAACAACUCUGUAUGCUUCACAGAAAGGGCAAGUUUUAAACAUAUCGGUGGCUGAAUUGAAUGCAUUUAUAGGUAUUCUCAUAAUAAUGGGUUUCAACAAACUGCCAUCACUGCGUUUGUAUUGGUCGUCAAAUCCAAAUUUUACAAAUGGCAGAAUUUCAAAAAUAAUGACUUUGAAAAGAUUCCUUUUUAUUUUAAGAAUGCUUCAUCUCAAUGAUAAUACCAAAAUGCCUGAACGCUCCAGCCUGAAUUUUGACAAACUUUUUAAAGUACGGCCAAUCUUAAAUCAUUUUAAUACAGUUUUCAGACAGGUUUUUAGCCCAAGUAGAUUUUUAUCUAUAGAUGAGAGCAUGAUUGCAUUUAAAGGAAGGUCGUCAUUCAAGCAAUAUCUGCCUCUCAAACCAAUUAAACGAGGUUUUAAAAUUUGGGUAAUUUGCUGCUCAGUUACUGGAUAUAUGAUAGGGUAUGACUUUUAUGCAGGCAAAACAGCAACUAGAGAGGGACCUUUGGGCGAGAGUGUAGUUCUAGGAUUGGUGCGAGGAUAUGAGAAUUUAGGAUAUUGUAUUUUCUUUGAUCGUUUCUUUUCUUAGUUUCAGUCUCGUGAAGAAACUUUUAUUGAAGGGAUGUUUCAAUUGUUCCACAAUUCUGCAAACAAAAAAGUUUUUCCCCAAAGACUUAUUGAAAAAUGACAAAAACCUAACUUUGGGAGAAUAUGAUUAUGUCAGCACCAGAGAUAUGGGAUUAGUAAAAUGGAAAGAUAGGGGAACAAAGUCAGUUUGUAUAGUAAGUUCAAUGGACGAUCCAUCUGAAACCUGUUCUAUUUCGAGGAAAAACAUACAUGGUCAGAAAGAUCAAUUACUUUGUCCUGUGGCUGUGGCAUCGUAUAAUAAGUAUAUGGGAGGUGUUGAUUUAUUUGAUCAGUUAACAUCAUAUUACAAUAUUCAGUGGAAAUCAAGACGUUGGUGGGUUAAAGUUUUUUAUUACUUGAUUGAUGCUGCUAUUGUCAAUUCAUACAUACUCUAUAAAUUAGAGAUGAAGAAACUACAAAAAAAACCAGUAACACAUUUGAUGUUUCGGAGUCAGCUUGCAGAUCAGUUAAUAGGAGAAUUUUGCAGCAGAGUUACAAAAAAGAAAAAUGUUGUCAUCACAAAAAAAAAGUUUAAUUUAAGUCCAAUCGUAACAGUUCCUAAUACAGAAGGACAUUUGCCAAUUAAAGGUACAUCGAGAAGAUGUGCCAAUUGUAGCACUAGGAAUAAACCUGUUUGAAGUAAUUUGGUUUGUAAAAUGUGUGAUGUUGCAUUGUGCAAAGUCCCAUGUUUCCAACAGUUCCACGAAAACAUGGGCAAAGCCACAGCUUCAAAAUUGAAUUAAAUUCCUUUAUUUUGUUUUGUUAAAUUUAAAAAAAUUACAUUUAAUAUAAAACUAUUAGUUUUAACUGAGUUGUAUUUUUUAAUGUGUCUUUGUAUUUUCAAUGCCGUACCUACUUGAUGUAAGUACUGAAAUACCAUGCAAUUUUAAGA